UAUAGUAACGCUGAUAAUCCAAUUGAUCAAUCAGAUGGUUUGAACUUGAUUGGUCAAAGGCAAGGAGAUGAUAUUAGAUCCUUUCAGAAUGACAUAACCAAUCAAAUGGAAGACAACAUAGAAAGAGUAUCCAACAAACGUGAAGGAAACUUUAGAGCAGGUACAUCUUCAGCUGUACAAAAUCUCAGUCAAUCGUUUUUAGGUAGCCCAAAACUAAAAGAGGAAUCUGAAGAAGAGUGUUUAAGAAGAAGGAAAUCUUUUAGCCCAACCUUGAUUAAUGUUUUACUGGAACAAGUUCUUGAUUCUCAAGAAUCCAUUCAAGUUAUCACUGAAAGAAUCCACCAAAAGCAUCAGCAAGGUAAUUUAAGUCCACUCGUUGCCAAAAAUCUUUCUCAACGCCUCUCAGAAUUGUCAGCAUCAAAAAAGCGACGUAAAUUGUCGGACGAAUCUAUGAACAGCCCUUGUCCAGAAAACAGGAGCAGAAAACUUGAAUCUUUAGAUCAUGUUAAAACGAAUACUUUAAACGAAUUGCACCUGCCGCCCGUCUUAUCUUUAGGACAUCAGGACUAUUUUGAAAACGCUUCAAACAAUAAGGAGUCAAAUCAACAAAACGAGCGUAUUUAUCGUAAUCAUCAAGCUGACCAUUCACACGUCCACUGUCAUCACGUUCAUUCCGACUCUUGUGGGAUGUGUAGCUUCGAUGUGGCAAUUAAUGUUCCGAAAUAUGAGGAUAUAGCUGGAGCUCCUGUAAGUACCGGGACUGUAUCUAGUACAUCAUUAUCUAUGGAAGAGGAAAACAAACAACAUCAGAUUAGAGAUACAUUGGACGGUAUAAACAUAGCUAUGAGAAUUCUGAACAGACUGAAAGCGGAACACAGGGAGAAAAUUCGCCAGUUUAAACUCGGAAAGAUUUACAUUCGAGUGAUGACAGACAGUGAAGAAGACAUCAAAGAAACGUACUCGAAGCUUAUAAGCGGAAUUCCAAGCAUUAAUGAGCGAAUUCUAG